UCGUGAUCAUUAACGUGCAAUAAAUUUACCAGUUUUUAUAACGAAUGUAGGUGAAUAGUGAUUAAAAGUUGAGAACAAUGCGGGGGACCGAACUCAUGAUGAUGGGCAUCAGUGCUCUGGGGAUCGUGACCGACUCAGCAAAUAAUGGAACUGUGAUCCAGAAUCCGUAUGAGUGGGAGAAUUCUGCGGAAUACUUCAAGGUUUCGUUGGCGGAUGUUGCUCCUGUUUCUGUGGUUGGUGAACCUGCACCGCCAGUCAUCAAAGUCGCUACUUUGGAGACUCCGCCAUACUCUGCGACUAUAGAGAAAAAUGGAAGCCUCCGAGGAGAGGGCUACGCAUUCGAGGUGUUGGAUUUGAUAGCAAAAAAAUUGAAUGUAUCAUACGAAAUUAUUAAGCCAAAAACCCCAGGGCUGGGAGACGAAACCUCCGGUCUUAUAGAGCUACUGAAAAACAAGGACAUUGAUAUAGCCGUUGCAUUCAUUCCCAUGUUAUGGAGAUUCACCGAAUUCACUCGCUACAGUCCUAUAAUGGAUGAAGCCCACAUCGUAGGCAUGAUGGUCAGACCUGCAGAAUCUGCAUCUGGCUCAGGACUUCUUGCACCGUUUGAUACAAGCGUUUGGAUGUGCAUACUAAUCUCUUCCGCAGCUAUCGGACCGACUAUAUACCUCUUCACUAGUUUCAGGUGAGUGAAUCGAUUGUUACCAAUUCGGGACAGAUCUGCUGAAAACGUUCGUGGGUGUUGUGAAUGUGUUAUAUAUCGAGAUGUAUUUCGUUCGUGUAAGCUAGGAAAGCCAAA